UCUCGAUACAAUGCAUCGACAUUUUCUAACCUCAACUUGAAAGAGUUGUAUUAAGAUAUUCAUCCCUAAUAUGGGAAAGAGGACAAAGAUAGAACGUUUGUUGAAUACAUAAUUAGGGCUUUUCUUGAAGGUGGUGAUUGUAUGCAUGUGUGGAUAUAAAUUUUGUGGGCAGUUUUCAGGAGUAAUCAGCCGCUCGCAAGAAAGUAACUGCGAGGCUUGCGGCAGACGACAGUAUUAUGGCAGAUAGUGGCAAGGGACCGUACAGCAAAGAAGAACUUAAAAAGCGUUUGACACCAAUGCAGUAUUAUGUUACUCAAGAAAAAGGAACAGAAAGGGCAUUUACUGGCAAGUACAAUAAAACUACAGAUGCUGGAACAUACAGCUGUGUUGUUUGCAAUGAGGACCUAUUUUCAUCAGAUACAAAAUUUGAAUCUGGCUGUGGGUGGCCAGCAUUUAAUGAUGUUAUAAACCAAGGCAAAGUUAAGCUUACUAAGGACACAUCUCAUGUUGGGGGCAACCUUCUGUUAUUGGUCGCAAACCCAGGCAUGGUGCGUACUGAGGUGACCUGUGCCAACUGUGGAGCUCAUCUGGGCCAUGUGUUCAACGAUGGACCAAAGCCCACGGGAAGAAGAUUCUGCAUCAACAGCGCUGCACUUAAUUUUCGACCACUGCAUCAACCAGAGCAGUGAGCUUUGUCUUUCAGCAUAGGACAGAUGAUGUUUAAAAACCUUAUUUCAGAAUUUGAGUGAUAAGAAAAUGAAUUUUGAUUAUGUCUGAGCAGGCACUAGUAUGCUUUUGAAAUUGAUUUCAUUGGUUUCACUGUUUACAUGAAUUGAUGUACCUUAAAUGUAACUGAAACAGUGAAUAUUCUUUAUAGUAAAUUAUUGGUAAUGUGAAUCUCUAACCUACCAUUCAUUUGACAUUUAUUUUGUAUGGCAUUUGACACAAGCUUUGGUGUUGUGAAUGUUUUACAGUAUUUUUUGGAGCAUAUAUUUUGGAUGUCUUAUUACAUAUGCAAUGGAUGUUUUAAGUGCCUGGCGCUUUGUUACCUGUGACUUUGCAGGAAGUGCACAUUUUUUAUUCAAAGGUUGGUUGCAGAAAAUCUUGUAUUGUGCAGGAAAGUCUUUUUCCAAAACCUAUUGCCUUUGUACAGUAGUACUGUAAAUAAGUACAAACAGACGUAACCUUAUUGAGAUAUUGCAAACACCUUCCUCAAAGUAAAAUGUUAAUCUUGGAACAGUUAUUUUCAAUGCCUUAUGUGUCCGUUACUAUAUUUUCAGAAGAAAUUAAUGUUAUUUUUAUUAUGAUUUUAUUCUGAAAUCAGAUACUUGACACUGUGUACUGAUCAAACUGUUUUUCACUGUGAUAUAACCAGAGUUAAGAGGCCUAUUUUAGAUAGCUCAUGGUAAGCAAAGGAUUCCAUUUUUGUUUUUGAAUAAAAUUUCUCUCAAAGAUAAAUGGUUUGACUGCCGUUGAUAUAAAGAAAGAAAUAUAUAUACAUGGUUCUUACACUAUAACUGUUAACUCCGUUAACGGUGUUGUUAAUACACCAUUAAUUAAAGAGUGUGCAUUACGUAUGGAAAAGGUUGUUCUGUGAUCUUACUCAGUUGUGACUAUAGUUCGAACCAUAAUAAACUUAGAGACUUUUACUUCGUUGUAUGUGUUACUAGCUGAUCUCUUACUGGGCAUGCUCAGUGUUUGAUAUGAUAAUGUGUUACUGCAUAUCCCCUAACCCUUACGUAAAUACACACACUGCUCCAUCAGUGUUCUACUAACCUCAGUUUAGCAUAAUUUUUGUUGUUUUGCUUGAUUUGCUUCAUUUUCCCAGCAUUUGCUAUGCUUUGUAUUUUCAUUGUGCAGAAUUUUUCAUUCAAUAUUUGAUUCUUUUUUUUUCCAUGUAAAAUAUUCUUGACACUUUCUUACACAGUUUAAUUCCUGCAUUGUGUGAUAUCAUCAUAUUUGUAUGUACUGUUUGGUUCCUUUUUAUAAGCUUGACAGUACGGUAUUAUUUUCUUGUCCAACGUCCUCUUUUUAUCUCUCAGUUUUUGUAUGUCAUUUCUCUCCAGUUUCUUAAGAAAAUCUUAAUAGUGCAGUGAACUUCAAGAGAAAUGUAACCAGAAAUUCGUAGUGCAUUCUGUUAAAAAUUUGUUGACUGUAUUUAUUAAUUAUAUCUUCUUUUUACAUUAGGUGUUUGACAAGCACAUGCUGUAAUACAUUAAGGGAGCAAACACUGUUUUUCCCUGCCCCUACCAGUAUGGUUAACCAGUCUGUGAUCUAAGUGUCUUUCCAUCAGAUACUUUAUUUACUGCACUUUUUCUUGCAAUUCCUAAGUGAAAUGUUAAGUGCUUCACUCUUCAUAAACUAUUAUAUAAUUUUUCAUGUUUCCUUUAUUUAUGAGCAUCAUAACACAAUUUUUUCAUGUAUGUUUUAUUGGCUACCAUUCUACGUAUCAAUCAGUGAGCAAUGGCUACAACUCCUAUUUCUCCCAGAAGUGAAACAUGCAGGAUAUUUUCAUGGCUAUAAUUUUUUUUUUGGAAAUGGGCAUUAAAUGUAAUUGCCAUGUAUGCUCUCGUGUGAAAUCACUGCCAUGUGACACUUCAAUGUAGUGAAUAUCAAAGUAAAUCUGACUGAGCUUUGCAGCUUGACAGGGGAGUAAUUAUGCUUAGUACCUGCAAAAAACUGUUUUAUGUAUGGCUAUAAACCAUUAUGCUAGAUUCACACUUACUGAGUGUAUAUAUUUGGAUAAUGUAAAGAAAUGAUGUAUUUUGAAGCCUCUAUCGUCAAAUGAAGGGAAAUGUUUUCAUUGCUACAGCAAUUGAGCAUAUACAAGCACAUGGUUGAAUUGUCUUGAGUUAAUAUUGUCAUUUUUAUGUGGAGAUUACUUAGUCUUUUUUUAAGUCUCUUGCAGCAAACUUAAGUGUGUCUGCUAUAUAAUAUAUGGAUGGUUAACAGCUGUUGGGGCAUAAUCCACAUUUAUAUGGAGACGAGAUAUUUACUUCCAAAGUUUCAGCCUUACAGAAAAAUCAGUAUGGGCGAUAAUAAACAUUCUUUCUUUUAUUGCAAAAAUAAAAGAAUCUCAAAUGUUCCACUAUUUUUGUUUUUAGAUAAAUGAACUACUUGGUAAGUCACUAACACACUUUACAGGAAACAAAAUUGAUUUAUUCAGAUCCAUCUGCGUGGUCACCAUAAUGUUGUUUUCAGCUAUAAGUUUUUAUAAAUCAGUCAUGGUAUAUUGGAGGUAUACACUGAAGAGAUAUCGAACAUCAUCUUUUCUUUCACAGUAACUCUGCUUUCUCAGUAAAGCAAUGGUAUAGAAUCCGUUUGAGUGCUUGGUGGUUUUUCUUUACUAGACUUCACAAAUUUACACCUAUGAAUGGAGAAACUUCCUCCAAAUUAUAUGCAGUAAAAAGGCUUUUUAGUUAAUCCUUGUACAGUUUUAAUCAACCAAUACCGAGACAGUUCAUUUUGUCUGUAUUUACUGAUAUAUUCUUUCUGUUUCUGAUAAGUGCUCUACUUACUUUGUUGAGCACAAAAUGUGGGUUGUGUGUCAUAGAUAUUCAGUCAUGUGGAUUGAAUAUAUGUUGGUUGUGAAUAUUUUCUCUUCAUAUUACACCAAAAUCUGUUACUUAAGUUGACACAGCAUGGCUAGGAGGCAAAUGAUAGUAGCAGUGACACUUUUCUGUCUCUUAUAUUCCCUCCACACGAAUUGCUGUACAAAUUAUUGUGUGUCCUGUGUUUCUAACUUCAUCAAGAAUCUCAAGUUAUAUACUCAGAACUGGCAUUUAUAAUAAGCCAUACAUAUUGUUAGCACUGGGGAUGGCAAAGUUUCCUGCAAGUCAAACACGAAUACUUGACAAAUACCAUUAAUUGAUUUUGCUUCCAGGACAUUCCUUUACUUUGCUUCCUAGACCCAUCCCGGUUUUGCUUCUUCAUUACAUCUGCUUGGAUACUAUUCUGCUAUUCAAGGUCUUCUUUUUAUGUGCUUUUUGACAGUAAAUUCUAUUAGCAAUCAUGUUUAUCACGUUACUGACAAGUAUCAUGCACCAGGUGAUGGAAUCGCAGAACCUCUUACAAACAGUAUAAUCAACCCCCUUUUUCAUCUUAUAGGAGUUAAGUUCUUGUUGUGCUGAGGUGAUAAAUUUACUUGAGUGUAACUCCUACUUGUCUGUGACACUUUUAUUCGAUCUGUUCUGAAGAUAUUUUUCUUUGCGCAAUCCAUUUUGAAAUUGAUAGCAAAUAUUUUCUCUCAAUUUUCUCAUGUGAUACCUUACCACCACAGUUUCUAGGACAAUUGCAGAAUUUUGUUGAACAAGAUUUAACUGGAACAAGGUUACCAAUUGUCACUGUCUACAGUUCACCACUCUGAAACUUCAGUUCUCUCACAUACUUUUUCUGAAUGAUCAGAUUUGAUACUUGUUUGUCUCUUGUUUUUUUCUAGAAUGAAUUACUUCAUCUUGUGAUGGUCUGCUGUCUCCUAACGAGUCAUAAUCCCUGUCUGUCUCUGAAUAAUCAGUAUUGGUGUCACCAGCGUUCAAACUUGUAUCUGAAAAUACCAAACCUAACAUGAAAAAGCACACGCCAAACAUGCUUAAUCCAUAUAUUUAGUUACAUCUUAAUCUGGUUAUUGAAAGCAUAUGCAAUUUCUAAGUGUCAGGCUUGGACUGUACCUUUUGCAAAGUGUGGGCUCGUCUCCUCUUGGGUUUUGCCACCUCAUUGGUGGGAUCUCCAGCUAGUUCAAUAUUCUCUUGCAUAGUAUCUCCCAUUUUACUUUCAAGUUCAGGCGUUUGUUGUAUGGGUUAGGCAUCAGUGGUGUACUAAGAGACAGUUGCAUUUUAGUUUCAGAACUGCUUCAUAAUGAACACAGAUCUCAAUGCCUUGUACAUCAUUAGGCAUUUCUGAUAGUGACAGAAUUGGCGUUUCCCCACAAAGUUGCACAUUGAUGUCAUAAAUUGGAGUUUUGUGGGUUAGGUAUCUGUGGCUUUAGCUGUCCAUAUUUUAUAUCAAAGACUGUUGUGAAAAAUACUCAGAAAGACUUAGUUUUUAACAGAUCUCAGUGUUUAUUUUAGAAAAGAUGUUCCUUCCUCACAGAUAUUGAUACUUCUGAAAAUCCUGUAUUUUCUGAUACUGUAUUGUUAUGUACUUAAUAAAUUGAUUCAGAAAAUCAGAUUACAGUUUAGCCCUCCCUGAGAAAAAAAUGCCUGUUUUAGCCCCAUGGGAUUAAAAGCAUUAAAGUUACAUUGACAUUAGGGAGUGAGACUAAGAAUUUUAAUGAAAUAAGUGAACGUUUACAAAUACUAUAUUGCUUUCCAUGCCAAUUCCCCCUCCACCUCCUCUUCCUCCUCCUCCUCACAAUUUCUGAAGUUGAUUAUAGUCUUAUAACAAUGUUCCUGCCAGUUGAGUUUCUCUUUAAGUUAUGCUGUGCUAUUUUAAAGGCUUUUUUGAGAGGUACACAAAUAACUAAGAACUUUACGGUGCAGUGUAAAUUCUAGCUCUGACAAGUUAAUCAAAUGUAAAUUUGAAUUUUAAUGUGCAUUUAUUAUUUGAAUACUGAUUCUGUUCUUCAUAAGUUGUACAGUUUGAUUUGAAACAUUUCUAAUGUAAGAUUUUAAAUAGAAUUAACAUGUACCAACAUUACUAUAGUUAAAAGUAUCUCUUAUAUGAAAUAAAACUGCUUUCUGUGCAAGUUACACCUGUUACAAGAAAACAAUAAGUUACUUCAGUUAAAAUAUUGCGCCUAAGAGAGUUUUUUGUGACUAAUUAUAUUAUGUGCAGUAAAUACAUGAGAGAACAAUAACUGGAGCAACAUUUUCCUUCUGCUUAUUUAAUGUAUGUAUAAAUCUAAAUGUGAAUUCAUUUUUUCCUGUUGUGUUAAUUGAUGUAUAACAUGUAGUGCAGAUUCUGAAAUGUUAACUCAGGAGAUAAUGACAUUCGUUUGUUAAGUGGUGUUUUGCUUGUGUCAGAGUCUGUUUGCGAGGCACUAAAGAAAGUAACAUAUUUUUGUAAGAAUGAUGUACUACAAUUUUAACACAUAACAAACUAGUCAGUAAUGAGAUAUAAGAAUUAUCUAAAUAAAAACUUUGUUACUAAA